CCCCACAGCUGUGCACAACAGCAUAAUGCACAGCUCAUCCUCAUCCAACCAGCACCCCCACCUGACCCUCAAUUUCAGCUGUGCCCAAAGUCCAACUGGGUCCUGUACCACAAACCUAAUCAUGCAACCUAGUCUGUCCUGCACUGCAAAGUCCUUGCCUGCUCCCCUGCUCCCUGACACUGUCAGAACGCAAACCCUGUGGGAUGACCACACUCCCCUGGCACUGCUGUGGGAGGAGACUGCAGCCUGCAUGCUGGGGAGAGCGGUUUAGCAGAGGGGUGUGUGGAAAGAGUGUAAAUGGGAGACUCAGGGGCAGACUCAGUUUGUGGACCCAGCCUGGAUGGCCUCAAUGCAUGGUGUGCUGGUGGAGGAUCACAGCCAGAGAAUGGGUGAUGAGGUCUGGAAAUCAGUGCCUGCGGUAAGGGUGGGCCUCAGCGUGGAGGGAACUAGGGGUGUGUGGUGUGCCAAGCUGACAGAGUACUGCUCUGUGCCGCCUUGCGAGGCAAGUGAGGACAGAGGCAGCUGCAGGCCCAGCUAUGCAGGGCUCCCUGCGCUGCAGCAGCUGAGUUCCCGCACACCUUGGGAGAGCAGCGGUGCGGGUGCAUGCCCUGGCCGUGUCUGCCCGGCACCCUGGGGCAGAGCAAUAAACCUGGGGACAGGGAAGAGGAGGAGCUCCCCGCUGCCGCUGCCUCUCCUGCUGCAGCGGGCCCUGAACCCAGCAGGGCACUUGUGCCAGGACAUUUCGUAGCAGGCGCAAGCGCAGAAUAAACUUCUAAGGCAUUUCGGUCCCCAUCAGCAUCUUGGCCGUGACACCCCUUACGGCAACCGCGGACGUUCUAGAGGGACACGCCAGCUCGGUUCGCUGUCCUUGUGAGCAGACAAGGGAACACCGGUGCUUUCCCGACGGCUCUGGGAGGGAUGGCGGCUCCCGGAGCGCAGGGAGCCGCCCGUCCCGGCGUGCCCCGGCCCCGCACGCCGCGGAAGAGAGCAGCAUGCCGGGAGCCGUAGUCUGCCCUCGCCUCCGGCCCGGCGCCGCUCGCAAGUCCGUGCCUCUGCAUCCUCCGGCAGCCUACUCCUCCUGCCCUCGGAUGGAGGGCUCUGGGGAGCUGGAAAGUAGCCUCCUGACUCAGCCCUGGGCUUCUGUUCGCUUUGGCGAGUCCACUUUUCUUGCCAAAGUGUGCUUCAUGGAUGCUGGCUAUAUUCUGCUGAUCUCUGACCUCAGCAGUGUCUGGUACGAGAGUGCAGAUGCCGAAGCUGUGGGACAAAGGUCCAAGGAGCUGAACAAGCGGCUGACGGUCCAUGUGUCCUCCUUCCUGAACCACUUGUGCAACCUGAUGCGCCCCUUGCUGGCAGGGCGGCCGAGUGCCACCACCUCCUUCUCCUGCCACCACUCUCCCAGUGGCCUCAGGCUGCACGUCAAAAGCGAGCUGUCAGGACUGCCCUUCUACUGGGACUUCCACUGCUGCCCUGCUCCCUUGGAGAUGACCCUGCCCCGGAUCUGCGGUGCAGGAGAAGGGCAGGCGUUUGCCUCUGCUCUGCAGCAGCUCUACACUGCAGUGACACAGCAGGAGGCCAAGCAGGCUCGGAAACGACAUUGCUCUGAGGACAGCGUGGAUACAGCACCCAUUGCAGAAACCACAGAGCACCCCCAUCCACCUGCUCCAUCCCAGGAAGAUGAAACAACAUCUUCCAGCGAGAGAACCUCGCCAGCCUCCUCCCCAUCUCAGAAGCCCCAGCUGCCUGCAGCCAAGGCCAAGCCAAAGAAGGCAAAAGGGCUCUUCAGCUGAAAGAUUGCUGAGGGCUCUGCUCCCCCCAGCAUCCAAGAGAUGGAGUGCGGAGCACCCACGCGUUGUCUGCCUCUUCUCUGCAUCUCCUGGUGGACCCUACCCAGGUCACGGUCCCCUCCCAAGAUGUCUUCAGCUGGGGAGAUGGAGCUCCUUUCUUCAACAGUGUUUCAGGAAACAGCUUUUCUAACUCUUCCCUGGUCCAGAGCUUGCCCAGGCUUCAUCUCGUGGCAGAGCCAGUGCAAGACAUGGGAGAAGUGGGAGGGAUGCUGCCAGUGGGUGUGGGACAGCUGGGGCUCUGGCAGAGCUGUGGGGUUUGGCUGCUCUUGAGUGGGUUUUCAAUAAAGGGCUGUAUC